UUGGGCUUAGCGAGAAAACAUGUCAAUAUUCCUCCUGUUUACGGAAUCAAUGAAAACAAACCGGUUUAUCCAAAGGGUUUAGUUUCGUGCUAUAUUACACCAAAAAAUAAAACACAACCUUCGGUACAAAUCGAUGGCUUAAUCUUACCGAAGCUUAUUACUACACAAAUGCCCUCUUGUCAAUUACCUUAUAAGGAAUGGUCCCACAUUAAAAAUUUGACGUUGGCUGAUCCCCAUUUCUUCACACCACAACCCGUAGAAAUGUUACUUGGAGCGGACAUACUUCCCCAAAUUCUAUUAAACAAUACGGUGACUGGGCCUCCUGGUACACCCAUAGCAAUAAAUAGUAUUUUUGGAUAUUUACUGCUAGGCAAGCUAGAUUUUAAUAUUCAUUCACCCGUUUCAUUCCCAGUUCAAGUGUUUUACAGCUCGGUUAACGAUGAGUUUGAUCUUCAACGCUUUUGGGAAAUAGAAUCAAUUACAGAACAAAGGUCUCUCACUCCCGACGAAGUUUUGUGCGAGACAAUUUUCGAAAACACGCAUACGCGUAAUGAUACAGGACGAUAUGUAGUCGCUCUGCCUUUCAAGCCUGACGCCUUGCCCCUUGGUGAGUCACGUGACAUUGCUAUCGCUCGAUUUCGCAGAUUAGAAUACAAGCUUGAACGCAAUCCGCCACUGAAAUAUAGUUAUCAUGCAUGCCUCCAGGAGUACUUGGACCUUGAUCACAUGGAACCUUGUGAUGGCCUUUCACCUAAAUCUGGUGGCUUCUAUUAUAUUCCGCACCACUGCGUGGUGAAGGAAUCUAGCGAAACAACAAAAAUGCGAGUGGUCUACGAUGCAGGUUGUAAGACUACCCAUGGGAACUCCCUGAAUGAUGUUUUGUUUACAGGACCCAAACUCCAUCUGGAUAUAGUCGACGUUCUACUGAAGUUUCGAAUUCAUUCUAUUGCCUUCACAGCUGACAUUAAACAGAUGUACCGCAACAUUUUAGUCCGUGACACAGAUAGGGAUUUUCAGCGUAUCGUAUGGCGCACUUCUCCUGACGAACCUAUACGUGACUAUCGCCUUCGUACUGUAACUUUCGGAGUUAGUUCCUCGCCUUACCUCGCACUUCGUACAAUGCGACAACUUGCGCUUGAUGAAGCCACUCGUUUCCCACGUGCUUCUCAAGUCAUAAUAGGUGACAUAUUCGUAGAUGAUAUAGUGUCAGGCGACAAUACGGAGGCAGAAGCUCUUGCUCUACAACAGGAGUUAAUAAGCAUAUGUCAGGCUGCCGGCUUUACUCUUCACAAGUGGCACAGUAACUCGCCUGCGUUACUCGCUGCGGUUCAGCCCACAAGUUCUCAUGGUGAGCGGCACCAUUACGUACCUUUUGCGGAGAUGGAAAAUGACAUGAAAACUAAAGUACUUGGUCUUCAGUGGAACUCAAAUUCAGAUUCAUUUACUUUCAGUGUUCAAAUUACCUCUAACAAAUGUACUAAGCGUUCGAUUCUUUCAGAAAUUGCUAGAAUUUAUGACCCACUUGGCCUUUUAUCGCCAGUCACCAUUUUUGCUAAGCAUUUAAUCCAGUUGUUGUGGAUAGCACGUGUAGAUUGGGACGAACACCCACCCCAAGAUAUAAUAAAUUCAUGGGCCAGUUUUACUAACGAGCUUCCACUCUUAUCGAAAGUUACUUUUCCGCGACAUGUAUUUACCCACACUCAUUCUGUACAACUUCAUGGGUUCUCAGAUGCAUCCGAGAAAGCGUAUGCCGCAUGCGUCUAUCUUCGCGUGCGGGGAGACAUGGGUGCAGUGGAUACUUACCUUCUUUUAGCUAAAACACGCGUGGCGCCUACUAAACGUAUGUCCAUACCGCGCCUAGAGCUCAUGGCGGCCCUAUUAUUAUCUAGAUUAAUGAAAGCUACCUUAAAUAUUUAUGGGAAUCGCAUACCUCGCGAUCAGAUAUACGGAUGGUCUGACUCUUCUGUGGUACUAGCGUGGUUGCGUUCUUCGCCACAUGAGUGGAAAACCUUUGUUUCCAAUCGCAUAACAGAAAUUAUAAGUAAUAUUCCGUAUUGCCGUUGGCGGCAUGUUCCGUCUGCAGACAAUCCGGCAGACGCGGCUUCACGCGGAAUGCUUCCCGCCAAUUUUUUACAUCACAGCAUAUGGUUCCGCGGUCCUCACUUCUUAAAAAAGGAUGAGGCUACUUGGCCUGUUUUCAAAGCUACUCAGACACAAGAAGAAAAACGUAACAUUGCAAUUGUUUCCAAUCCAUGCACUUCUUCUUCCACCAACGACGACGUAGAAAUUAUAUCACGUUAUUCAUCCCUGGGUAAACUGGUACGUGUCACUGCUUUAUUAUUCCGUUUCUAUAAAAAAUGUAAGAAGGUUCAAACCCCUCUUUCUAAACAUAUUUCCGUAACCGAGUUCAAUUUUACUUUGAAUCGACUCAUAUUUCUUGUACAACAAUCCGUUUUUCGUGAUGACAUUUACAACCUUUCUAAGGGAAAACUCCCAUCAAAUCAAUUAAGACGCUUAAAUCCCUUUAUUGACUCAAACAAUUUUGUUCGCGUAGGUGGGAGGAUACAUAAGUCCCUUUUACCAUAUGAAUCAAAACACCAAUUAAUCUUACCUAAAAAACAUCCGUUAUCGAUUCUAAUUAUUAAUUACACUCACGUAUCUCACUUGCAUGCCGGUGCGCAAAGUACACAAUACAUACUUCUACAAAAAUAUUGGAUCUUAUCCGGGCGUGACGUCAUACGGCAAUGUAUUCAUCGCUGUGUCCGUUGUUUUCGAGCAUGUCCCGUGCGCCAACAGCCCAGCAUGGGUCCAUUGCCUGCCUCACGUUUGCGACCCGAACGACCCUUUCUUAAAACCGCCGUUGAUUUCGCUGGUCCUUUUUACGUUCGAGCUAACAAAGUGCGAAAUGCAAAAAUAGUAAAAUGUUACGUCUGUGUAUUUUUAUGUAUGUGCGUUAAGGCUAUACACCUCGAAAUAGUUUCGGAACUUACAACAGAGGGUUUCUUAGCGGCACUACGUCGCUUCACGUCUCGCCGAGGUUUAUGCAAGGAUAUUUAUUCCGAUUGCGGUAAGAAUUUCAUCGGCUGUGACAGGUACCUAAAGGACUUGUAUGCCUUCCUACGGAAUGACACUGUACAAGGCGCGCUCCAGAAUAAGACUCUGGAAGAAGGAAUAACAUGGCAUUUUCAGCCACCGUAUGCAAGUCAUUUUGGUGGCCUCUUUGAAGCGGGCGUCAAAAGUUUUAAACACCAUUUUCAUCGGGUAGUAGGUCCUCGUAUCCUAACCUAUGAUGAGAUGCAUACCCUAUUAUGUCAAAUAGAGGCAGUGCUAAACUCGCGUCCGCUAUGCAUAUUGAGCUCCGAUGCGCAGGAUCCCCUCCCUCUAACUCCGUCUCACUUUCUGAUAGGUGAACCGUUAACAGCUAUCCCCGACGUUUCACUUGUGGAUGAAAAUCCGGGUAGAUUAUUCAGGUGGCGUUUGAUACAACAAUCGGUUCAACAUUUCUGGAAAAAGUGGAGCUUAGAGUAUUUGCAUGAAAUUCAACAACGUGGCAAAUGGUUCACACACAAUCGUGGACAUCCGGUCCGUGAAGGCAUGAUUGUGGUAGUAUGCGAUGAUAACCUUCCACCUUUACAAUGGCGACUUGCGCGUGUACACCAUCUGCAUCCAGGUUCUGAUGGGAUUACGCGUGUUGUAACUCUCCAAAUUGGGAAAACAUAUUUGAAGCGACCAGUUAAUAAAAUUUGUCCACUUCCUAUAGAAUAA